AUGUCGUCCUUGUCGGAGACGACAGCUGCUCGAUGCCAAAGCGCAAUCACGCAGAAGUUAAGCAACAUGCUGGGUGAGGAAGGCGUGGAGAUUCUGACUGAUUAUGUUUGGCACAUGGUGACGAGACCCAAAACCACCAAGGAGCAUGUGACUGAAGAGCUGCGAGAAUUUUUAGCCCACGAUACAGACGAAUUUGUGGAAUGGCUGAUAGGGACUGUUGGACCUAUAAUAAAUGAGGAGGUGACGAUGAAGCAACAAGCAGCGCAGUCAGAAGCGGCGCCGGUGCCGAUGGAGGAGCCGUCCGUCCCCCAGCAGUACGAGGAGAUGAGCUCUGCUCCUGUCCCCCAACGGGAACCGCCUUCUCAUCGCCAACCCCCCCAGCAGCCGAGCUAUCGCGGCGGUAGCCCUAUAUUUAUGGAUCCCCAGACAGGUGCGCAGAUGGCUUUGUUACCAUUGGCCAAAUUGCGGAAGAUUAAGAAGCGCUGCGCCAAGUUCCCCAAUUGCCCAUACGGCGAAGAGUGCCGGUAUAUACAUCCUUCCGAGCAGUGCGUUAACUGGCCGCACUGCAACUUCGGCGACGAAUGCUUUUACAUACACCCAAACGUCCCUUGCCGAUACGGAAUCAACUGUCCCAACGUUGCUUGCAACUAUACACAUCCCCCUGAGUGGGACAGAUCAAAGAUCACGACCAGAAUCAAUGCCUACACCGGCACGUUCAAGAACUAUACCUACUCCGCUGAACAAUAA